GGGACCAUAGAAUACAGAAAAGAAUUGUUGAAAAAAGUAAAACUGCAAUGUUAAUUUCAAGCAUUGGAAAUAAUUUAUGGAGCCCCCUGAGGGUCAUGGCAAGAAUUCUUUCAGGACCAUGUUUUGCAUUCCCUUGUAAUACUUUUGCAUUACUUGUGACACUUUUUCCUUCCCUUCCCCCUGAGUUAUGUUAUUAUGGAUCCAACACCCACUUCUUCCGCCUCUCUUGUGGUCUUUUACUGCUCCUGGCUGUCAGCUGCCAUCGGGCUGACAGUGCCAAAAAGACUUCCGUAAAGGACACACCUGUGCAUCCAUCCUCGCACGUAGCUCCUCUGGCAAGCCUCCUCUCUCCUCUUUUCUCUUCUCUAAGGAGACUCUGAACAAACUGUUAUGUGGUUUUGAUAACAUUUUAUUAAAUGAGAAUCAGAUCUAACUGGAUGUGAGAGUUCCUGUGGAGUCCUGUGCAGACUAAAGGCUGCUGCGAAACUGACAAGACCACCUGCUCUCACCUGCUUUCAGGCAAGGCGCAUUCAUCUCGAACAAGCCCACUGCAAACCCAGGCUAAAGGCUCAACCCACCUCCUUUACCCACUCAUAUGACUUUGUGGUACAUCCCUAUAAAAUUCCUAAAAAACAAAAAAGAGCACCCUAUAGUAUUUAUGCUUACACUUUUUAUUUAAUUAUUUUUGCUGUUGUUUUUUAUCCUGUACUAUGCCAAGCCAACGGCAACAAAACUUUGUUCCGAUCUGCACAGUAAGGUGUAAACUUGAAACUUGUUUGUUUUGACCUCUAUGUGUCACCUGAGCAGACAUUUUAGGCCUCCACAGUAACAAACUUUAAUACACUGCAAGAUAUAUCAGUGAACAUGAUUCAGCAUUUAGUCGCUCACAACGCAAAAAAAUAUGUGGGUUUUCUCUCAUGCAUAUCUCAGUAAAGUGGAAUUUCUUCAGUCCUCUGACAGCGCCUCUGGGCUUUGUGGUUCAGAAAGUCACUGUUUCAAACCCAGGGGAAAAAAAUAUCUGGUCAGAGUAGAUACUUUUUACAGUGGAGAGAUGGAAGGCUUGGCUUGUGCUGAAGAAGUGAAAGUAAAAGCACAAACCCAGGAGAAGUGCUGACACGAAGCCUGACACGCUGACGACGCUUCCAACACUUCUGUUGAGCUCAGGAUCAGCUCUCAGCUUCAUCUUCAAGUCUUCUGUGUUCACACUGAACAUGCUCCACAGUUCGAAGCCCUGUGAACUACAGACUGGAGGUUUCUGCUUCGAAAACAGCCGCAGGAAUGCAGUGUUGGAGUCCAGUUUGUCAGAGCUUGGCUACAAAGCCCCCGGUGCCAGAAAGACAGGGACCACCAUUGCUGGGAUUGUUUACAAGGAUGGUGUGAUCUUGGGAGCAGACACCAGAGCUACAGACGACAUGGUGGUGGCUGACAAAAACUGCAUGAAGAUUCAUUACAUCGCACCAAAGAUCUACUGCUGUGGGGCUGGUGUGGCUGCAGAUGCAGAGAUCACCACACAGAUCAUGGCAUCCAACGUUGAACUCCACACCCUCAAUACUGGGCGACCCCCCCUUGUUGCCAUGGUAACCCGACAGCUGAAACAGAUGCUAUUCAGGUACCAGGGUCAUGUGGGUUCAUCUCUGAUUGUUGGAGGAGUUGAUGCAACUGGAGCUCAUUUGUAUAGUGUUUACCCACAUGGCUCAUAUGACAAACUGCCUUUCCUCACCAUGGGCUCUGGAGCUGCAGCUGCUGUCUCUGUAUUUGAGGACAGAUUCAGACCAAACAUGGAGCUGAAAGAGGCAAAGCAACUUGUACAAGAUGCUAUUGCUGCAGGGAUAUUCUGUGACCUGGGUUCGGGCAGCAACGUGGACUUGUGUGUUAUUACAGCAGCUGGAGUGGAGUACCUGCGAGGCUACGACAAGCCUACGACAAAGGGAAAAAGAGAGGGACAGUACAGGUAUAAACCUGGCACCACAGCUGUCCUGACCAAAUCCGUGACCCUGCUCUCUCUGGAUGUGGUUGAUGAAUCUGUUCAGAUCAUGGAUACUGAGUAAAAUACAAUCAAAUGCUACAGCUGGAAUAAAAAACAUGUUGUAAUGCAUUAGUGUAUUCAAGGAAAAGAAUGACAGGAUUAGGAACCAAUACUUUGCUGGUGGAUUGACUGUCAAUGAAGUACUAUCGUAAUAAAGGCUUGUGUUUGUUAGAUGA